AUGGCCGCACAGAAAAACUUUGACUUGUUUUUCAAGCUGCUUCUUAUAGGCGACAGCGGAGUUGGCAAGACUUGUAUAAUAUUUCGAUUUGCCGAUAAUACGUUCAAUCCGACAUUUAUUUCGACCAUUGGAAUAGACUUCAAGAUCCGAACUUUAGAACUAGGUGAGUAAGCUACAUGAAGUAUAGCACAAAAUACGGUGGUCGUAAUCGAGUCAGUCUGACUUGCAAAUGAAGAUUUCAGUAAGAUCUGUUUCGAAAAGCUUAAAAUUUAACAAGUACCAUUAAGUUCUAUGGAAUUCUUAGUGCUGUUUGUGUAGUAUUUUGCAGAAAAACCGCACGGUUUUCUGCUGAUGUGAAGGCAUUUAAAUAUGCACAUACAGAUCACAGAUCGUCAUGGCCGCUGAUUCAUUUUGUCAUCUAACCAUGGGGUGUACGUUUGAAACACAAUAGAGCCUCCCUGCUUUUUUGUUCGUCGUGUUAAAUUUAACAAGGCAUCUACGAUUUUCCCAUGGUUGUUACCGUAUUUCGGCAAACGUAGGAAAAAUAUUUAUCUUAAUAGUUUUUUGAUGCCGUGUAUUAUUUCCGUUCAAACAACACGGCAUGUUUUAUGUUUAUAGCUUUCUCGAAUAUUGAAAUUGAAAGAACUGUCAUCGUUAAUUGUCUGUUUCAUGAAAGUAUAAAAUUUCACGAAGUCUUCGAACUAAGUUUUCUCUUUGUAACAGAUGUGUUAGUAUCUGAAAAGCUAGAUGAAUUUUGGUGAUAAUUAUGGCAUUUUAUAUCCUGACGACUAAUAGUUUCCAUGUACUAGUUAGGUGGAUUAACCAAACUGAAAAUAUCAGAGAUGUAUAUGGAAUGACUAUAUUUGUGAAAAUUAAAAUUUCUCGGUGUUGGAAAAAUAAUGAUUUUUAGUAAACACAUUCACAUAAAGGCCUUUUGAUGACCAAUAUAAAAAUGAAUGCUAUUUCUUUGUUGUGCCAAAUGAAGCGAAGAUAAUUUGGCAAAAUAUACAUAUGUUUCCGCAGUGAAAUCGUAAUGACGUAAUGGUUCGAAAGUGUUUGCAUAUUGAAUUCAGGAGAAGAGCUAUCUCUGAGGUGUCCGAAUACACAGAAUGUUGCGUUUUAUAUAUUUGCCCUUGAUGGUUUAAUAUCACAUCGCUUACUUUAAGGUAAAACUGCUAUAAAUAGAUAUUGGCUUUCACCAGAGAGACCAAGAAUUUUUAAAACCCCAGCAGUAAGUAACCUUCUUCCUAAUAAUAAUAAUAAUAAUAAUAAUCAUAAUAAUGAAAAUAAUAAUAGUUAAUAUUAUUAUUAUUAUAAUUGAUUAUGGUAAAUUAUAAAACCAACGAUGAUACUAACAUCAGUUGUAAUGUUAAAAAGGCAUGCCGAUGCCCCCCCCCCCCCCCCCCAAAUAAAUAAUCGGAAAUGCGACUUUCAACGUGGCCUACAUGAUAAAACCCCGUCAAAGCACAAUUGAUCAAAAUGAAAUGUAUGUAAAUGCCAUUCAGGGUACGUUCUUCCAAGUUUUUUUGUGUCUUUUACGUAAUGAGGAAGUUUUUAUCCCGGAAAGGGGGUGGGUUUUCUGCCAGCAGUUUAGUUUUGAAUUCAACAAUCUCGACGUGUGAGCUAGACUGCAAAUGUCACCGGUCUUGCGUAGCCGUAGCUCUGUCAAGUUUUAAAACAUUUAAGAUGCACUUUCGCAGAAUUUCAUGUCUUUUAGAGGUUUUUUGAAUCAUUGGUCGGUCAUUACCAAACGUUAAUCGUCAGUGUAUGUAAACUAUUAAGUACAAAGUGGAACAUUUUUCAUGUUUGCUUUACUACGAAUUUAUGCUUGUUUGUUUGUUUUCUUUUUUGCCAAAUUUUGAGACAAAUAGCCCUCGGGCCUCGACGGAACGGCCUAUUUCCUCUUGCUUUUGAUUGUUGCCAACUUAAGUUGGAUGACGAAACAAAUAAAACUCGCAACGUUCCUCACUCGUGCAUGCUUGGUAUUUUUCCAAAUAAGGUGGUAAUUAAAAACAAGAGGAAGCGGAAAUACCCGACCGAAUGAAACCUUAACUUGAGCGCUUACCAUAUGGAAAGGGGGACUUUUCGUUUUUACUUGCGUUUGAUGCGGUCGACUCUUUUUAAGACCUUAAUAAUGCGUUUUUUUGUUUGGAAUUUAAGGUGGGAAGAAAAUCAAGUUACAGAUCUGGGACACCGCCGGCCAAGAAAGGUUAGCUUUUACCUUGGUGUGCCUCACAUUAUAUGUUCUUCAGCAGCAGUCGACAAUUUAACAAGUGGAUAGUUAUGUACCAUAUAUCUGCGUGGUUGUUCGUGAUUUUUUAUUAUUAUAAUAUUAAACGUGAAACGUGAUCUAUUUUUUGCGUGGCAAUUUUUCGUGAAGCAUGCAUUGUUCAAAUUAUUUUUACGUAAGUUAAUUGUUGGCUUCACACUAGAAGCAAAGGUAGUUUCAAGUAAGCGCUUGAUUCAAGUGCACUUGGAAAUCUUAAGUCGCUGUGUAGAAAACAUGGCUUCACACUUGUACACAAAGUAUAUUACUUGAAGUACCAGCUGACAAUCCUCUUUCAUGGUAAAAUACUGAAUGCCUUUGCGUUGGAAAAGGGUUAUUUGUAGUUUCGUAAUUUUUUUAAAUUACUUUGAACUCAAAAGGUUUUGACCCUGAUAGACAUACGUACUUCGUUUUUUUACGAGUACUUAUUAGCGGUGCAGAAAAAAAAGUGACGUCUUCCUCUGUAUUUCUUUAGAAUGGCUCAACAACGCGCUUUUCGGCAAAGAAAUCACCGUAGGGCUUUGCUUGGCCUCUUCUGCAACGCUCUUAGCUAACCAAGACAUGUUGAAUGUUUAUCUGUCCGUUUAUUAGAAUCUUGGAACUGCUACGCGUGCACAUCGUGCACAUGGCUUCCAUUUCUUAUUGGUCAAGUGUGUUCUCAAGUGUAGUGUUGACUAUACUUAGCGGCGAACGUCGGCUUUUUUAAACUACGAACGUUUCCAUGAUAACCAAGUAAAGUUGAAGUGGGUACAUUUUACCCCUUCACACUCGAAGUGGGUUCCAAGUACACUUUCGUUAUACUUGCAAGCUCUAGUGUGACGCCAACAAAUGUUGGAAAUGGGUAUAGGGGACCCAUCUCGUGCUCUUGUAAAAACGUUUGUUCAUCUUAGCUCCGUUAACACCUGCGAUUUAAUUGCGCGAUCUGGCUAUUAAUGAAAUAUUUUCGGCAGUUAUCUUCAUUUUACUAGCUAGUUAACUGCAGACGUAUUUCCGAUCGUCGCUUCUGUACGUUAUUUUUCGGAGGGAGAGAAGCGAUAACCGGAAAUACGUCUGCCGUUCGCAGGCUACCAUUUUACAAACAUGUGCCCUUUUUUCCCUGAAGCAGAGUAAGCAUCAUGGCUAAUUGUUUUGGUAUUUUCAUGCGCAAAUCGCCGCGGAUUUACGCAAAACCUCGAUCAGUUAUCGACGACUUUUUCUGGGUUGAAACCAGGUAGCAGCUCAUUCCUUAACGCAGGUUAAAAGUCGCCUGUAAAGGUCUCGGGGCCAAGAAUGUCGUUGUGAGUCUUGAGAAAAACGCAAGACUUAGUGCUUGAUUAAAACGCUAACUCAACUUCCCCCUCCGAGAUGAUCGUGGGUAAAAACUAAUGAUGUUUCAUUUUUUCAUUUAUGUCUAGAUUCCACACAAUAACAACUGCGUAUUACCGCGGGGCACUGGGCAUUAUGCUCGUGUACGACGUCACAAAUGAGAAAACCUUCACAAACAUCUCAAAGUGGAUGAGAAAAAUCGAGGAGCACGCGAAUGAAGACGUAGACACCAUCUUAGUUGCAAACAAAUGCGAUUUGGAAAGCAGGAGAAAGGUCACGAGAGAAAGGGGAGAGAUGUUAGCCCAGAACCAUGGCAUUAAACACGUAGAAACGAGCGCACUUUCAAGUGAAAAUGUCGACCAAGCGUUCAUUGUUCUAACACAGGACAUUUUGAACAGAGUUUGCCCGCCCGUUCAGGAAGAGAGCGUCAAAACUGGCAAGGGAAAAGGGAAGAAGAAACGAGUUAACUUGAAGAGAUCAUCUUCUCCUCGCCUUUCAUGUUGUAGGUAGAAGAAUCCUCGGUGAAAGAAAUCAAAAAAUGACAACUCUCGAUAGUCAUAAGAUGAAGUCAAAUCUUUCCCUAUUUCUUCUUCGAUGGUUGGUUUUUGUCAUAAAUUAUCUUCCGUUUGCCGAUAGUGUUUGCACAGCGUUUACAGUGAAACGGUACCAUAAAAAAGGCGAGUGUUGUGUUCACACGAGAUGAAGCGUGUCUUUGAUACAGGUCCGUGUAAACAAUCGUUGACUCGUGUGUAAACCUCGUGUGUUCUUUUCUCACGAGACUAACGGCGCUUUCCAAAAGUCAGAACUGGCCGGCCAUACUGACCGUUCAUUAUGACAAUGAACAUUUUUUUUCGAAAUUUUAACUUAAACCCCUCACUGCCGUGCACACUAUUUAAAGAGGCUAUGUUACGCUUUUUACUACUGAAAUUUUUAAAAAGCUAAAACGUGUCUCGCAUCAACAUUGAAUUCCAAGAAAAUGGUGCAGUUUUGUUAUUUAAGACUGGUUAAGCAUUGAAAAUGUUUCCUGUCGUCUGUUGCUGUGGAUGGCAAGGAUAGACAUGGAUUGAAACUUGGAAAAGUUGGGCCGACUUUUUCAAGUUUUAAAUACUAUGUCCACAAAAAUCACAAAAAAAUAUCAUGGUAAGUGCUUCCUGAUGAAAUUUGUUUGAUAUGUUCAUACUAAUUCUACACUAACAGGAGCAUUUUGUGUAUGGGUUAACCCUUUGAAUUCUCCUUUGUGGCCCCUAUUCAUUUAAUCCUACGGAAGUAGUGGGAAGAAGGUGAUAAAAUAUCAAGCAAAUUCGUGUUGUGUGAUCAUGUCCAUAAUUCUCAUGACCACUCUGUUUUCAAAGCAUUGAUAUUACAAGGAGAAAUUUGAUGCUGAUCACUCUUGGGGCUUAAAGGGUUAAGGCUGUAAGUAAUGACUAAAGCACAGCAUUGACCUGAGACACUGAGAAUAAACUGAUCUGGUGGGAUAGGUCUGAUUAAUAGUUGAAUUCUCCUUACGACUGGAAUGGUCUGGCUGGUCGGGUAGCUCUGACAAAUGGUAAGCAUCCUAAGUCUCUUUUGACAAUUACUUGACACAUUGGCGCACCGUGUAAGCAAUUGUAGCCCAUCGAAAUUAACUGAUACGUCGUGUGUAAAUGCUUUGUAAUCGUUGUCUAAGGAAGACGUUUAUCCAUGAUAUCAUAUGUAGUAUGCUAUCAGACCAGAGUUGACCUUACACCUAAAGCGCGUCUAAGGGAUCGAUUUGAAAGUCAGUGAAACAGAUUAAAAUCAUCGGGAAGUGAAUAUAUUGAACAUUUCAAAGUCAUAUAUCUCGUUAAUGGUAACGCUAUGCGUUCUCAUGAUCGUGCUAAUAUGUAAAUAUCUGGGUAAUAACAAUUACAUGCAAUUAGCUACCAACCCCCUCAGAAAAUCAAUAAAUAGAAGAAAUAAAUAAAUAAAACGGUCUCCUACCCAACUUUCUCGAGAUACAGUAAUAGCCCGCGUAUAAGAACCUGAAUUUUUCAAUUUAGCCUAAAUAGGUUCUUAUAUAAAUGGUACUUAAAGCAAAUUUAGGCUACCGAGGUUCUUAAAAUAGGUUCUUAUAUUUUCAUAUGAAUUUCAUCUGAAUAUACUAUAUAUAUUAUAAAUAUCAUCUGAUAAUACAGUAUAAAUCAUUUAUUUGUUGCGUACCAUAGGCAGAACUAGAUGAUGAUCUUUUGGACUUUUACAGCAAACUGAAAGAACCCUUAAAAUUUUUAAAAGGUUAAUGCUUAAAAUGAAAAUUUUUAACAGGUUCUUAAAACCCAGGUGAAAUUACUGUAUUGCAUUAUCGUGUUUCGUUGCGUACCAACAGAACUAGUGUUUGGAUAAAGAAAUCCAUUUUAAUUAAUGCAAUUUGUGAAAUGUAUCGUGUCGUUACGGUUUGGGCUGCGUGUUAUAGGGAUGGCCUUGUUGUGCUUUGAUUAAAGUCCCUGCCUGGUCUCAAGCUUAUGUUCAGGCAGUUAUUUUAAAACAUGUUGUGGUUUUCAGUUUAUAAUUCCAGCAUCCGUAAUCUUCUGCUGAAGCUCACUCUCCCACGCCAUUCUUUGAACUAAUAGUUGGUCUUUUGAACGCUCCCACGUUAAUUCUUUGGACAUUUUGAACGCCAGUUACACGUUAAACUUUCGUUAAUGUGGACAUCAUUUUAAAACGUUGAAAAGCCAGUUAAGAACGAAAUACUUUUCAAAAAAUUUCAAAAAUUUGCUUGUGUUAAUGUAUCCGUCGAAAUGGUAAAGCCCUCAGUCAACAUUAAUUUUUGAAGGUAAUUAAAGGGGGAAUUAAUUUGCUCAUUGGCUUCUCUAGAGAACCAAGUUGAAGCUACACGUGUCAUCCUUUUGCAUGAGUUAAUUGGUAAUACUUGAAAUUACAUAAAUGUAUUUAUCAGCUGUAAAAAAUAUUCUUAAUAAAAUGCAAUAUUGGCC